AGAUUAGAAAAGAAGGGAAAAAACAAAAGAUUGAAUGAUUGAUCCACCAAGGCUUUUAAUUUUGCUUCUUGCCAGGAAAAGCUCUAAACCUAAACCUAACUCUCCCUUCUCUUUCUCUCUCUUCUUCGUCUCCCUCAUAAAAGCUUCCUACAAUUUGGUCAAUAAAGCUAGGGUUUUACAGCUUUGGAGGUGAUCUCUUCUGGGUUCACUCUUUUUGAGAGAGAGGUUUUGCGAAGAUUUGAAUUUUUUUCUUUGUUGGUGGGGAAGAGUGGUUUAAACAUUGGAGGGUUGAUUGGGAAGCCAAUGCCAUUUGUUUGGAAAAUUGGAAUUGAAGUAUCAAGGAAGAAUAAUUUCCAUGUCUUGGGCUGGCCCUGAUGAUAUCUUUCUCUCCACUUCUCUUGCCACCUAUCUUGACAAAAAGCUUCUUGUCUUGCUGAGAGAUGGCAGGAAACUUUUGGGAUUACUGCGUUCUUUUGACCAAUUUGCUAAUGUUGUUCUAGAAGGAGCUUGUGAGCGCGUUAUUGUUGGUGAUCUGUACUGUGACAUCCCCUUAGGUCUAUAUGUAAUCCGUGGGGAGAAUGUUGUCUUAAUAGGAGAGCUGGACUUGGAAAAGGAGGAGCUUCCCUCACAUAUGACUCCUGUAUCGGCAGCCGAGAUAAAAAGGGCUCAGAAAGCAGAAAGAGAAGCUACAGAUCUGAAGGGCUCCAUGAGAAAAAGAAUGGAGUUCCUUGAUUUUGAUUAAUAGGUCCUGCUAUUUUCUUAGAGUUCAUGCCAUAUUCGCAAAUAUUAGUGCGAUUGUGACCCAAAAUUUGAACAAGGGUGGGAUAGGCAUGAAAGAUUCUUACUUCAUCCCUGUUAUUGGAGGAGGAAGCUAGAAGAGGGGGAGAAAGUUUUAACCAUUCUGAAGACCUUAUCUGCUAAAAGGUUGGGAAGAGGAAGUUAAUUUUUCUGUCUCUUAAGAGGCAACGAUGAUGAUUUCCUUGCACCUCUGUAGCAUGGGCAAUAGCACUAUGUGCAAUACCUAUAAUUAGGUUCUUCAGUGAUUUUAUUGUUUUGAGAGUUUUCUGUUUAUACCAAAAAUUAUCUUGUUUCUCCUUGUUUUAGUUUCUCGUUUCUUCCUUUCUAGGCUCUUGCAUUUCAUUCGAAUAGAAAUUGUUUCAGAAUUGCUGUGGUUUGUUGCGUUGGUGCCGCAAUCUGUAAUGGCAGUCACGUACAAUUUAUUUGUAACGUGUUUAGUAAUGUUUCAUGAUCUUUACAUGCAGAAGUUUCUCCUA